CCAUUCAUCUUCACAUAUCAACGCUUGAAAUCAUCUACAAAGAACUUACACUGCGUUGCACACCAAGCGCUACCAUCAACAAUGCUCCUUGCCAUCUGCGGCAUCCUUCUUUCAACCGCCUGGAUAGGCGUGACUACACCUCCUACCAUUUGGCGGAGUGACUCCAUGAUGCAUCGAUCCGAGGACAGCUUAGAAGCACCCAAUGUGUUGAUUCACAAAGCGUUUCACGACGAUCAAUGUCUUAUUAACUCGCACUGCUUUCAAGCACGCGAUGAAUCUGUAUGGGCUACUAAUACCCGCUACACCGCCAACGUAUUCACCUGCGUCACCUGCCCUACAAUGAUCCCCACUAUCCCAACAAUGAAUCAAAUGAUGUGCACCACGCUGCAAGUGCCAGUUAAAUCGCCUCGCCUGCCGGCUAUUCUCAUGAUCAUACUCCUCUAUGGUUUCUUGGACCUCCAACAUUGGACAUCGUAUGAUCACGGACAACCGGGGACGUCAACGACCGAAAUACGCACCAAUGAAUCACCCAAGACACAUCCAUCUAAGCCCCAUCUACCUGGCCAUAAUCUACCUCUCGACCUUGCCUCAAGCCGUCGUCACCGACUCACAACUGUCCCUGCUCGCUCUUAACACCGCAAAGAUGGGCCUGGCUUCUCAUCUCAA